CCUCCCUGGAGAGAGUGAGAUGGACUGGGAGAGAGAGUGUUAUAAACCAGACAACUCUGAGACGACUGGGACCAGUGCAGUCCUGUACGGGUGCCCUUCGCCCUGUGGCAGACUUCAGUCUUUCAGAGGCCUGCUUGGAAAGCAUCGGCACUGAUAUUGUCCUGUCAUCGUUCAACAAACGGACUCCCACUAAAUUUGUAUUCAAAGGACGAGGUUGAAGAAAAGGCAUGAGGGUGCAAACGUUCUCGAGAGCUCAAAUUCUACAGGAGUUUCGUUUACGAUGCCAGGAGCUCGCAGCCAAUGACAACAGAGGCUUUACGCAGGAGUUUGAGGAGCUAAAUGAUGUUGGCAGAGACCUCACCACCAGAGUGGGGAACUCACAGGCCAACAGGGAAAAGAACAGAUACCCCUACAUAUUACCAUAUGAUCACUGUCGGGUGAGGCUGUCCGUUCAAGCCUCCCACCCGCACACCGACUACAUCAACGCAAAUUUUGUCCCUGGCGGAGGAUCAGAAAGAGACUUCAUCUGCACCCAGGGUCCUUUGCACAACACCGUGGCAGACUUCUGGAGGAUGGUGUGGGAGCAGAACGUCAGGAUAAUCGUCAUGGUGACAGCUCUGAGACACAAGAACAUAGUGCUGUGUGAGAAGUACUGGCCUCUGGAACGAGGGACAGUUUAUCACGGACUGAUCCAAGUGACGACAGUGAGCCGUAAACAAGGUCCAGAUUAUUUUAUCACCACCAUUAACCUCAGACAGAGAGAUUGUCCAACAGACAGGACAGUCACACAUUAUUACUACCCGUCCUGGCCGGACAGGGGCACCCCUAAUGACUCAGCCUCUCUCUGUGCCUUCACUGAGCAUGUGCGGCGAGAUUUGGAAGCCAUUCCUCGCCUGGGGCCGGCUGUGGUGCACUGCAGUGCAGGUGUUGGCCGUUCAGGGACAUUCGUGUCACUGCUGUGGCUGAUGCAGCUGUGUGCGAGGGGCAUCCGGCCUGAUAUCCGGGCUGCUGUCGAGGAUCUGCGGCUACAUCGAAUGUGGAUGGUCCAGAAUCUGGAGCAGUACAUAUUUGUUUAUCAGUGUCUGCUACUCUGGCUCAGUGGAGGAACCUCAGCAUGCCCACAAAGUCAGGGAGUCAGUUCAAAUAUUAACCACAGCGUUCAGGAGCGACCCCACAGCUCCUCAGCACAGGGAAACCGAGCGGGGAGGAGGAGACGCCGCCAUCAUCGACAGACGACUCCGUCAGACCAACCACAGAACGCAGUGCAGCAGAUUUUACACCCCGGGAAGCUACUGAGGAGGUUGCUGCCUUCCUCAUCGCUGUUCAAUUCAGGCUCACACACCUCCUGAGCUCACACACUGUAAAGCUGAUACUACAAAAACACGCGAGACACUGCUGGGUACAAAGAAAAAUGCCCUCGUACAGCAUCUGAGAAGGAAGGAGGAAGGUGCAGAAAUAAUGCUGCAUGAUGACUGGCCCUGCAAGCGGAAAACUAGCCUGACAACAUGCAAAUGAGCCCUGAUGAAGAGACCACAGACGCAGCAGUUUGUUUUGUUACAGGAAGGGAAAAUUGAGGAAAGAACUAGCCGUUCAGGUCAAACCUGUUCCUCGACUGUGAUUAACUUAGUGUGAGAGUCAUGACAAUGAUGACAACAAUGAUAUAGUGCAACCGGCGCAUGCAGUUAAAUACUGAAGGGUGACACUCAGUCACUUCUAGAAAACAUUCAUGUUAAUCCAAAACAUUUACUGUGAACAGCUACCAAACAUGUUUGGACAAAUCAUCGUUUUUGUACCUUUGUUUGCCUCCAUUACUGAUGGAGUGAUGUUGUGACAUGACUUUUAUUUAGGCUUUGUUUUUUCUGAAAAAUCAUUGUGCAUCAUUUUAUAUCACAAAAUGCAGGCUAUCAGUAUUGAAGGAUGCAUGUGCAGAAUUGAUAAGACUUGCUAGAAAGGCAGACACAUGGCAUAAGUGGCUGUACAAAAAAGGUCAUGUUUCAAAAACACACAGGCACUGCCAUUCUCCUUAGAUGACUGAAACCCAUUACAGUACAUGAAGGAGCUAUGAGUAUUAUACAUUAUAGAACAUUAAGGGCUAACCCACUUUUUUUUAGAGUCUUUCAUCUGUCAUGUAAUAAACAUGUAUGAUACAAUAGAUCCCUCUUCGGGUGAG